CUAUCAUUCCCAAUAGCAAAAAAAUGAAUCUAAGGAGUAAAGGUCAUGCUUGCACUGAAAAGAAAAGCGCGCACGUUAGUCCAUGAUGGCGCACAAGAAGCUCAGUGUCACCUUCUCCUUUUUUCUCCAAUUGUAAAAUCCUUGUUAUGAUACUGUGUAUAUAUAUAUACAAACACAAACCAAAUCGCAUCUAUUCGGUUACAGAAACAUGGGACUGUGCCAUCAUCUCUCUUUCUUUCUUUCUCUCUCUAUCUCUCUGGUUUAAUUAAUUGAAUUAACAGGAAGAAGCAUACAGUUGUUGAGGAAUUAGGCCCCCUUCCUCUUUCUCUCUCUGUCUCCUUAACCACACACACAGUUGGGUGUUCAUAUCUUCAUCGCUAACGCUCAAUUGGGUGUUCUUUUUUCCGACUUUCUUAUGCGUAUAUAUGAUUCCCACAAAUCGAGGCAGGCACUUUGCUCCUGAAGAUUGGAUUUUUCAGGGCUGAGUACAAUUGCUUUCGGCUUUUUUCCCGCGUUUAGUUUCAGUUUAGGUAAUGAAGCUUUCGUAAUUAAUACUCCUAAAAAGAAUGAAUUUGAUUUAGAAGAACAAGAAAAAGAAGACGAACGACCCAUUCCAUUAAAGUGUACAUUAAUGUUAAGUUGUUGUAAUUAUCUAUAAAGAUGAAUACCAGAGUAAAGACGAACUUGAGACCCAUGAAAACUUCAAUCAAAGAUCCAAAGGUUGAUACGCAAAUGCAAAUGGAGGUCGAGAAAACAAGCACAAACACAACCACUACCAGAAGAGGAUCAGUGAGAGAAAGAAAAAUGGCAUUGCAACAAGAUGUGGAGAAGCUAAGGAAGAGACUUAGACAUGAAGAGAAUGUUCAUAGAGCUUUAGAAAGAGCAUUUACAAGACCUUUAGGAGCUCUUCCACGUUUGCCUCCAUACCUCCCUCCUACAACAUUAGAGCUUCUAGCAGAAGUUGCUGUUUUGGAGGAAGAAGUUGUGAGGCUUGAAGAACAAGUGGUUCAUUUUAGGCAAGGUUUAUAUCAAGAAGCUGUCUAUAUUUCAUCAUCUAAAAGAAAUCUUGAAAAUUCACUUGAUUUUCAAGAAUCAAGUAAAAACAAGUCAUCCAAGUUAUCUCCUCAAAUUGAGACCAAUUCAUCAACAACCCUUGUCGAAAACCCACCUAUCAUUUCAGAGAACCAAUCACCAAAUGCCACGAAGAACAAACACCGAUCUCCAAAUCCCAAAUCUCAUACACCAGCAAAAAAAUCAGCAGUUGAUUCUAAGUUGACAGCGAAGCGUUUAGAUCCUAAAAAAUUACAGUUUGAAGGUAAAGUAAUGGAGGGUGCAAAUGUAGAGGGAAAAACCAGUUUAAUUCAAGAAAAAGGAUUAUUAUCACGAGACGAUGAUCCAAAUAAGAUUUCUGAAAGUAUUUUAAAAUGUUUGAUGAACAUUUUCAUACGAAUGAGUUCAACAAGGAGUAAAAGUACAACAGAAAUGCCACAUUCAUUGACAUCAAAUGAAAUUAUGAAAGAAACAGCAUUUAAAGAUCCAUAUGAUAUCUCUUGUGAAUUUGAAAAAAGAGACAUUGGCCCAUAUAAAUAUUUAUACGCCAUCGAAGCAACCUCUAUCAACAAAAACCGAACAACAAAUUCUGUGUUUUUAAUACAAAGAUUAAAGCUUCUACUUGGGAAACUCGAAUCAGUAGAUCUAAUGAGUCUCACCCACCAAGAAAAACUUGCUUUCUGGAUCAAUAUUUAUAAUUCGUGCAUGAUGAAUGCAUUUCUUGAAAAUGGAAUACCGGAAAGUCCUGAAAUGGUUGUUCAAUUAAUGCAAAAGGCAACAAUAAAUGUUGGGGGACACUUUUUAAAUGCAAUCAGCAUCGAACAUUUCAUAUUGCGACUUCCUUAUCAUUCAAAAUUUACUUUCGUGAAGGGAGUAAAGAAUGAUGAGAUAACUGCAAGAAGUGUAUUCGGUUUGGAAUUAUCAGAACCACUUGUAACCUUUGCUCUUUCUUGUGGAAGCUGGUCCUCCCCUUCUGUAAGAAUCUACACUGGCUCUCAAGUUGAAAACGAACUUGAAAUUGCGAAAAAAGAUUAUUUACAAGCUGCGAUUGGGAUUUCAACAACAAAUAAAAUGGUGGAAAUUCCAAAACUAUUGGAUUGGUAUAUGCUUGAUUUUGCUAAAGAUAUGGAAUCUUUAUUAGAUUGGGUAUGCCUUCAAUUACCAAAUGAGGUUGGAAAAGAAGCAAUGAAGUGCCUUGAGAGAGGAAAAAGCGUGCCACUUUCACAUUGUGUUAGAGUUAUUCCCUAUGAGUUUCAAUUUAGGUACCUUUUGCACAAAUAAUUUUUUUUUUGUCCUUUAAGAUUGUUGAGUAUAGAUUUGUAAACAGGUUUAUAGCAUAAAAUGGAAGUAGAUAUAUAUAUAAUCCAUUGUAAGUAUUAUUCAAAUUUAUUUAAUAUAUUUGGAUUGAACAA